GACCGGUGUAUCAUCAUGGAACCCGCGUACAGCAUAUCCUCGGCAGACGUGCACACGCAACCAGGCGGUGCGCGAUCGACGUCCGACGUAGGUGUGUGUAUAGGUGAGAAGAUCGCGCUACCCCGCAAUAUAUUUGUUCUUAUAUUCCAACCGUCGCGAAACUACGUGAACUAAUCCAGAACAGGGAAGUAACAGUGGCGAGAUGUUGAACUUGAUACUUGAUACCUACCUAGGUAUCAGUGGACCUAGGGCUUCCUGGAGUGGUAUCUGCUUUUGGCCUAGCCUUCUUGUACGGCAUCUCGAGCUUCCAUGAUCCCAACUACUCUAGUCCAUGGCAAGUCCAUUGCGCCUAGCACCCAGCAGGCAAAUCAUGGUCGAGCGAUUAGAUGGUGUUGAGUGUGGACGAUGGCAUGUGGAGUGGAGAUAUGCCCCGUGGACAGCAACAGCGGUCGGUAACUAUGGACCUCAAGCAGGAUGCUGGACGUUCAAGUAGUCCGAUCCGCGGACGGGACUCUUCCGUGAGUGUUGAUAAGCAGCAGUCAGGAAUCAGAGCUGAGGAUGAUGCGCCAAGGCAAGACGCGUAAUGUAGGCAGUCCACUAUAUGAGGGCAAAGGGCUUGUAAAACAUUGAGGUUUCAAAGUGACAAGACUCGUUCG